AUGUAUUUGCCGGUACAAGAUCGAUGGUUGGCAGGCGAGGAGGAGGGGGGCGGCGGUGCGGAGUUUGGCGCGGGCGGGGGCGCGGCCGGCGGCGGGGGCGGGGGCGGGGGCGGGGGCGGGGACCCGGCCGUGCUGGCGGUGGGCCCGGCGCGGAGGCCGCUCGUGUACUCGCGCGACACGCUGCUGCGGCUGCGCCACUCGCCCCUCGUCAAGCAGGGGCUGGAGAACGCGUUCAAGGGCUGCGACGCGCUGGCCCUCGUGCUCAAGAAACGACCAGAUUCCCCCAACGACGACGACAGAGGCGCAAAGGGGGAUGUCCCCAACGAAAACCACAAGGGCGGGUCGGCGGCGGCGCGCGAGCGGCGAGCGGCCGACCCGCGCGAGCGCGUGCGCCGCGAGAGCGAGGGCAGCGGCAUCGUGCUCUCGCCGCAGCGGCGCAGCUUCACUUCGGGCUGCGGCGCGCCCGCGCCCGCCCACGCCCACGCCACGCCCACGCGCCGCGCCCCGACUCGCCGCACGCCCACGCCCAGCCGGCGCAGCCGGGCGGCGCAUCGGGUCCGGGCGCAUAAUGGUGCGCGAGGCGGGCGCCUGGGAGGAGGCGGAGUUCCGCGACGCGUACCGGCCCCCGGCCAGGGAGCGCGGCGGCGCGGCGGACAGGUACGAGCGGCGCUCCUUCAACCGCGACUCGUUCGGCGGCGAGGCGAAGCGCGAGGGGAGAGAGGGGAGGGAGAGGCGAGGGAGGAGAAGCCGCGCUCGCGCUACCAGCAGCGGCGCUACGAGCGCGACGAGGAGCCCGAGUGGUUCAGCGCGGGGCCCACCUCGCAGCUCGAGACCAUCGAGCUGCGCGGCUUCGACGACCCGCCGCGCCCCAACGGCAACGCCGCUGCCACCGCUGCCACCGCCACAGCCACCGCUGCCACCGCCGCCGCCACCGCCGCCACCGCCGCCGCCGGCGACGCCAAAGACGCGGAGGCGGCGGAAGCGGCGGCGGACGCGGCGGACGAGCGCGCCGCCGCCACGGAGGAGGGGCGCGCCGAGGAGCCGCGGCCGGAGCGGCUCGAGCCUCCCGGCCAGCCCGACUUCAACCUCGACGAGUUCCUCAAGUUCGACUCCAUACCGGACGUGCUCACCAACGGCGGCGGCGGCGCGGAGGGCGGCAGCCGCUUCAGCCAGUGGUUCCGGCGCGACAGCCCCGACGCGCCGCACCUGGACGCCAUGCUGCACCACGUGCUCGACGAUGGCGAGGGCCCCGGCGGGGGCUUCGCCCCCAUCUCGCCGCCCGCCCCCGCCGCCGCCCCCGCCGCCCCCGCCGCGCCGCACCAGCCCUUCUCCCUGCUCGACCUCAUGUUCCGCAACAACCACAAGCCCAGAGAGGCGACGAGCGCGAUGGGCGCGGGGGGCGGCAAGAUGCACAGCCUGGAGGAGCUGGAGGCGCGGCUGCGGCCCCACCCCCAGCCCCAGCCGCAGCCCCAGCCCCAGCCCCAGCCCCAGCCCCACCACUCGGCGCCCCACCACCACGUCUCCGACCACGAUCUCACCGCCUUCAAGCGCCUCCUGGCGCAGGUGUCGGGGGGCCACGCGGUGGCGGCGGAGCAGCGGCCCCCUCCGCCGCCGCCGCCCCAGCAGCAGCAGCAGCCGCAGCCCAUGAGCCUCCUGCAGAUGCUAAGCAAAAGCAUGGAACAGCAACAACAACAACAACAACAACAACAACAGCAGAAAGCGCAGCAGCAACAACAACAUCAGCAGCAGCAGCAGCCGCCACACAUUCCUCAGGAGCUCCUAUACAAGCUCCUUCAAGUGCAACAGCGGCAGCAGCAGCAGCAGCAGCAGCAGCAGCAGCAGCAGCAGCAGCAGCAGCAGCAGGCGGCGGAGCUGGGCCUGGGCGCGCACUCUGCCGCCGACCGCGAGCUGCUGCAGCGGCCGGAGGCGCAGGCCAUCAUCCACGGCUUGAAGGCUGGCGAGAUCACCGUGCAGCACCUUAUGCAGCAGCUGAGCAAUCCCGGCUUGCAGAGCCGCCAUCGCGAGCUGUUGCUUACCAUUCUUCGGCUCCACCAGCAGCACCGACAGCAGCAGAUGGGCGGGUCGCCGCACCUCUCGCUGCCGCACCAGCAGCCGCUGCGCCUCUCGCCUCUGCCGCACCCCGCAUUCUGUGUGUCCCCCAUCAUGGCCACCAGUCCCAACACCCUGUCCGUGCACCACCCAGGGGACGUUGCAGGCGUGGCGGGCGUGGCAGGCGUGGCAGGAGUGGCGGGCGUGGCAGGCGUGGCAGGCGUGGCGGGCGUGGCAGGGGCGCCGGCGCGCAUCCCGUCGCCGCGCGAGCUGGCGGCGCACACGCAGAGCAUCAUGCAGGGCGCGCUGAUCAAGAAGAAGCUGGAGGAGCAGCGCGAGAAUUACCGCCGCCGCCACGACGCGCACAGCAAGCCCGCGCCGUCCAACCCCACGCCCAUCUCCUUCACUCCCACCUCGGUGUUGCGCAAGAUGACUGCGGACAAAGAUUCGGAAUCCGGCAGCCCCAAACAACAACAACAACAACAACAACAACAACAACAGCAGCCGCCGCCACAGCAGCAACAGCAGUGGCAGCAGCCGCCUAAACUACCACAGGGCAGGCCCAUUGUUAAGGGCAACCAAAGCGGCGCACCACCCACUGUUGGAUUUGGUUCUCCAGCGGAUUACCAGCACCACUACAUGGGACAGCAACAGCAGCAAAUGGCGGGUGGAGUGCGAGGUUUCCCUCACCCGCAGCAACGUCAACAAGCUCCCACUUCUCAGUACAAUAACAUGGGGUCCAUGGGGUCAAUGGGGUCCAUGGGCAACAUGUCGCGCCCCAUGAGCGGCGGCAGCACGCUGCAGCAGCUGCUGAUGCAGUCGCACCACAGGAGCCUCAACGAGAUGGGCGGCGGCGGCGCCGGCGACAACCAGCUGGCGCGCUGGUUCUCGCCCGAGCUGCUGGCGCGCGCCUCGGCCGGCAAGCUGCCCUCCGUGCACGUGCCCAACGCGCUGCAGCUCGAGGACCUGGAGCGCCACCACCAGCCCCACGCCCACGCCCACCCCGCCCACGCCCACGCCCACGCCCACCCCUCGCACGCCCACGCCUCGCACCCGCCGCAGCCGGUGCGCAAC